AUGGCGGAGCGGAGAAUCUCCUAUGCUCCCGACGUGGAGAAUGGUGACCAUUCUCGCAGCGCCCCUGAUGAUGGCAACCUCGACGAGUACAGCGCCCUGAACCGUUACAUCUCGACCGCCCGCGAUGGCCGUCGCGGUUCGACCUCCAGCGCCGGCAACCGCUCUCAGGACGAGAAGAAGAAGCCCUGGUGGAAGUUCGGUGGAAAGAAGAGUGAUGAGGGUGGUGAGGGUUUUGUCAUUCCUGAGGAGUGGCACGACACCGACAUCCACACUGGUCUGGGUGCCAGCGAUAUUGAGGCUCGUCGCAAGAAGGCUGGCUGGAACGAGUUGACCACCGAAAAGACCAACUUCUUCAUCCAGUUCAUUGGUUACUUCCGUGGUCCUAUUCUCUAUGUUAUGGAACUUGCUGUCCUUCUCGCUGCCGGUCUGCGUGACUGGAUUGAUUUCGGUGUCAUUAUCGCUAUUCUGCUUCUUAACGCUGUCGUCGGUUGGUAUCAGGAAAAGCAGGCCGCAGAUGUUGUGGCUUCCCUGAAGGGUGACAUUGCUAUGCGUUCUUGGGUUGUCCGUGAUGGUCAGGAGCAGGAGAUUCUUGCCCGUGAACUGGUUCCUGGUGACAUUGUCAUUGUCGAGGAAGGUACUGUCAUUCCCGGUGAUGUCCGUCUUAUCUGCGACUACAGCAAGCCCGAGAUGUUCGAGACCUACAAGGAGCACCUCGCCAACGUCGGCGAGGACACCCUCAAGGAGAAGGAGGAUGACGAUGAGGGUGCCAUGGAAGCUCAGCUCGGUGUUUCUCUCGUUGCCGUUGACCAAUCCGCCAUCACUGGUGAAUCUCUCGCUGUCGACAAGUACAUGACCGACACUUGCUACUACACCACCGGUUGCAAGCGUGGCAAGGCCUAUGGUGUUGUCACCGCUACUGCACGUCACUCGUUCGUCGGUAAGACCGCUGCUUUGGUGCAGGGUGCCCAGGACCAGGGUCACUUCAAGGCCGUCAUGGACCACAUCGGUACUACUCUCUUGGUUCUCGUCAUGUUCUGGAUUCUGGCCGCCUGGAUUGGUGGUUUCUACCGUCACCUGAAGAUUGCUACUCCCGAGUUCUCCGACAACAACUUGCUUCACUACACCUUGAUUCUUCUGAUCAUUGGUGUCCCCGUCGGUCUUCCCGUUGUUACCACCACCACUCUCGCUGUCGGUGCUGCCUACCUCGCUGAGCGCAAGGCUAUCGUCCAGAAGCUCACUGCUAUCGAGUCUCUUGCUGGUGUCGACGUUCUCUGCUCUGACAAGACCGGUACCCUGACUGCCAACCAGCUCUCCAUCCGUGAGCCUUACGUCAACGAGGGUGUCGAUGUUAACUGGAUGAUGGCUGUCGCCGCUAUUGCCUCCAACCACAACCUCAAGAACCUGGACCCCAUCGACAAGGUCACCAUCAUGACUCUCCGCCGCUACCCCAAGGCCCGUGAGAUCCUCUCGCGCAACUGGGUUACCGAGAAGUACACUCCUUUCGACCCUGUCUCCAAGCGUAUUACCACCAUCUGUACCUGCGACGGUGUCCGCUAUGUCUGCGCCAAGGGUGCCCCCAAGGCCAUUCUCAACAUGUCUGAGUGCUCCGAGGAGGAGGCUGCCCUCUUCCGUGAGAAGUCGAACGAGUUCGCUCGCCGUGGUUUCCGUUCUCUCGGUGUCGCUGUCCAGAAGGAGGGUGAGCCCUGGCAAUUGCUGGGCAUGUACCCCAUGUUCGACCCCCCUCGUGAGGACACUGCCCACACCAUCGCCGAAGCCCAGCACCUUGGUCUCGCUGUUAAGAUGUUGACUGGUGACGCUAUCGCUAUCGCCAAGGAAACCUGCAAGAUGCUUGCUCUCUCUACUAAGGUCUACGACUCUGAGCGUCUCAUCCACGGUGGUCUUGCCGGCUCUGCCCAGCACGACCUUGUUGAGAAGGCCGACGGUUUCGCUGAAGUUUUCCCCGAGCACAAAUACCAGGUCGUCGAGAUGCUCCAGCAGCGUGGUCACUUGACUGCCAUGACUGGUGACGGUGUCAACGACGCUCCCUCUCUCAAGAAGGCCGACUGUGGUAUCGCCGUCGAAGGUUCCACCGAGGCUGCCCAGGCUGCUGCUGAUAUUGUUUUCCUCGCCCCUGGUCUCUCCACCAUUGUCGAUGCCAUCAAGCUUGCCCGUCAGAUCUUCCAGCGUAUGAAGGCCUACAUUCAGUACCGUAUCGCUCUGUGUCUGCACUUGGAAGUCUACCUCGUUACCUCGAUGAUCAUCAUCAACGAGACCAUCCGUGCUGACCUGAUUGUCUUCAUCGCCCUGUUCGCUGAUUUGGCCACCAUCGCCAUUGCCUACGAUAACGCUCACUUCGAGGCUCGUCCUGUCGAGUGGCAGUUGCCCAAGAUCUGGCUGAUCUCUGUCAUCCUUGGUCUUCUGCUUGCUGUUGGUACCUGGAUCCUUCGUGCUACCCUCUUCCUGCCCAACGGUGGUGUCAUCCAGAACUUCGGUUCGCCCCAGGAAAUUCUCUUCCUUGAGGUGUCCCUGACUGAGAACUGGCUGAUCUUCGUUACCCGUGGUGCCAAGACCAUGCCCUCGUGGCAGCUGGUUGGUGCCAUCUUCGGUGUCGAUGUCAUUGCCACCCUCUUCUGUGUUUUCGGAUGGUUGAGCGGUGGUAUCGAGGAGACCCACACUAGCCCUGACAGCACUGCUACCUUCUCCAGGAACGGCGACGUCGACAUUGUCACCGUUGUUGUCAUCUGGGGUUACUCUAUUGGUGUUAUGAUCAUCAUCGCCGUUGUCUACUACAUCCUUACCGAGAUCCCCGCCCUCGACAACCUUGGCCGCAAGACCCGCUCCAAGGCUGACACCCAGAUCGAGAACCUCCUCGCCCACCUCCACAAGCUCGCUAUUGAGCACGAGGUUGACGACACUGGCAAGGGCCGGUACACCCUUGGCGCUCGUGCUGACGCUGAGGAGGAUGAUGAGUAG